CGGCGUUGACGCUACCUGCGGCAAAUCAACGGUUCCCGCUUGACCACUUUUUGCGUCAACUCAACACGCCUCUGAUGGGCAAUGCUCGUCGUUGGAUAUUGUUGACUCUUUUCUUGUCCAAACGCUUCGUUUUCUCUUCUACUUUCCCCCUACCUAUUCUCAUUCAGCCUCCCGCCUAAAAUAUCUGCAACCCCUCGUCACCUAUUAACGGGCCUAUUUUCUUUCCAUCACAUCUUAUACCUGGCGAGGUUGGAUGCCCUUGAUGAUGCCUGACUCGACGGGACCCGCUAUAUCUACUGUCAAGCGCGCAUGCGAUUGUUGUCAUAAAAGAAAGGUCAAGUGCAUUGGCGAUGGUACUCGACCCUGCAAGAACUGCACUGCAGCUGGCCUGACAUGCACCUACAACGCCAUUCCUCAGAAGAAGGGACCGAAGGGAAGCAGAGCAAAGGUCAUCUCUGAGCUUCGCGAAACACAAAGGCAGUCGCAAUUGGCGGCUCGCGCAAGACACGGACUCGGAUUCGAGGCGUCACAAUAUGCCAAUGCCUUCUCGAGGACACCGGACUUGCUGUCCAUGGAGCUCAUCACAUCAUGCGUAGACUACUUCUUCGCAAACAUGUACCCAACGCAGCCAAUCCUACAUCGUCAGAAGGUUGGUGAGACGAUUGGAAAGAUGGAGAAUUCGGUAGAGGCGUACUGUUUGGUCGUCUCGCUUUGCUCAUACAUGCUCAUCCAACCAAACACCAAGCUCCCGGCUGGCAUCGUCCCGGACGCCGAAGCACCCAAUGCUCAUCUCAACUUGGGCAUGACGUUGCUUGACGAGGCUAUUCGUGUUCGCAAGGGCUACGACUACAUUGAGAGUCCAAGCAUCUGGUCUGUCAUCACAUCGUUCUUCUUCUUUGGCGCACACUUCUGCCUGGACAAGCACAACACAGCAUGGUUUCACCUCCGCGAAGCAACGACGUUGGCUCAGAUCAUGGGGAUGCAAGACGAGAACCACUACAGCCAAGGUGACUUGGUUGAGACUUCACGACGCCGAAGACUCUACUGGCUUCUGUUUAUCACAGAGAGAGCAUAUGCCAUCCAGCGUCACCGCCCCUUGACUCUCCACGCUACCAUCAACCUUCCCACACUCAACGACGAUCCUGCAGAAACCGUCGAGCUCAGUGGCUUCAUCCACCUCGUCACACUCUUCAAGCCUUUCGAUGAUACAUUUGUUGGACUUUGGAACAAGGCUCGUGUCGGUUGCUCGACCGAGUGGUUGGCAAGACUGCAAAACCAGCUCUCAGAAGCACUUCCGGCAUACCUCCACAGCACUGAGAGCCAGGCUGUCGACUUGAGAACAUCACAGCAAUGGCUCCGAACAAUGGUGUGGCAGCUCUCCAUCAGCCACGGGUAUCUGUCUUCGGCUGCUGCAGACAGCGCCAUGAGCUUCAAAUAUCCUAUCGAGAUUUCGAGAGACUUGAUCGCGGCGACAAGCGGCUUUUCGCAAUCUGCCAUGGAAGUCCACGGCAUUGGACUUGUCGAGAAGCUCUUCGACGUCGCAUGCACCUUGACUGACGUAAUGUCUUGCGUACCCUUCGAGCAACACACUUUCGAAUACGGUCCCCGCGAUUACCUAAACCAGUUCCUUUCACUCAUCUCGACGCUCCGCGGUGGACAGCAGCGUUACCUUCCUCUCCUUCUCUCCAAGAUCAACGACACCCUUCCUCAGAUGCCUACCCCAGGUUUCAGCAUGGUACAAAUGCCUGGUGGCCGUGGCAGAAUCGACGAGAUUUAUGACAGUAGCAAUCCUGCCAGCGGUGACUCUACACCCUUUGGAGGCAGCCCACCACCUCAGCCUGUCGGCCCUCAACUCUUCCAGUCCGCCUACCAGGAUGACUUCAAGCUUCCUGGCCCUACGAGUAACGGCUUCCCCAUGAUGACAUCGGCUCCUUCAUACAACGGCAUCCAAACACCAGCACAACUUCAAGCUGCAUACCAAAAUUCGCGCAACGCAUACUCUGGCCUGGGAGGUCAGUCCGGCUUCGACCACAACCCUUGAGCUUGGUAUCAUUGUGAGAAGCAUCAACCAUGGCAAUGCUAGUAGUCGUCGAUAAUCACAAAGGCUGGGCCUUGCAUGCCACCAGCGGUGUGCGUCGUCAUGUCGUACGACGCAGACAAACGACCACACACAAUCUGCGACGGUCUGGAGAACAAGCUCAACUGGGAACGACUCAAGAGCUGUCCUGCUUGACUCGAGCCCUAAGGACGUGCGUGAAGCCGAGAUUAUGUCUCAGCGCAGAUAGGCCUCGUUGACUCGUCGACGAUCGCGAGCUAUGCGAGCAAGCUUCCUUUCUCACUGGAAAACAGUGCACUACACACUUCUGUAUUUCAAGCGAUGCA